AUGGACGACACAGAUCGACCAGUCAGGGUUGCGGUAGUCGGGUCUGGCCUCGCUGGCCUGUCGACCGCAUACCUGCUCUCGAAGGUCCAGGCGACGAGGCACGAUGGCACUCUGCUCAGCAUCGAAGUCCACCUCCUCGAGAAGAACGAGGACCUGGGCAUGGACACGGCGUCGCUGUCGGUCAAGACGGAGGAGGGGUCGUACAGGGUCGACGUCCCGAUGCGCUCUAUCAACGGAGGCUCGCACAGUCGCGUCCGACAACUGUAUCAGCACUUGGGCGUCCCGCUCGUCGAGUCUGACUUCUCCUACUCCUUCUCGCGUCUCGCCCGGCAACCUGCCGCUUCACCUCCUUCGUCUGCUCUUCCUUCUGUCGACACCAGCGACGAAGACUCGUCUGUCCCGCCCACCCCUCCACCCGAGUACGCACAGUCGACUCAGUCCCGUGCGCCCACUCCUCCGCGACGUCGCCGGCCAGCCAGGCUCGACAAACCGGUCUCUCCCCCUCCUCGCCCUGCACAAACGACGUCAAUAAUCUACGAAGGCGCCUCCGGCCUGCGCUUCCCGCCCGUCUCAAUCCCCUCGCACCUCCGCCAAUCAAGCUACCGCACCCAAAUCUCCUACUUCGCCGACACACUCCUUCUCGCCCUCUCCUACCUGUACAUCCUCCUCCUCGCCUUCUUCUACGUCCGCCUCGGUCUCGCUCAUCCAGCAUCUACCAUCCCUCCACCCAAAACCCUGCGCGACCAUCUUCGACAACUCUGCUUCCGCCUCCUCAGGCUCGAGAACGUCGCGUCUGUCCCGCUCGGCAAGUGGUGCGAGAGGCACAGGGUGCCGAGAGGAAUGAGAGAGGAGGUGUUGGUCCCGCUGAUGGCGGCGGUGGCGACUGUUGGAGUGGGUGAGGCGAGGGAGAUGCCGACUGGAGAAGUACUGGACUACAUCGUCGACACCUUCGCCAACUCGCACUACGUCACCUCUCCCUCGUUCGGCGUGCGAGGAAUCGUCAAACGCCUCGUCGCCCCUCUCCCGCCCUCAUGCACGCACCUCGGCGUCGACAUCGUCUCGCUCUCUGCUAUCGACUCGCACGAAGGCGCCUAUAAGAUCGUGUUCAGCCAGAACGGCAUGGAGAAGACGCUCCUCGUCGACCACAUCGUCUUCGCGACUCAGGCGGACCAGGCAGCGCGACUCCUUUCGAUGCUUCCCGAACACGACGAAUCGACGCAAGCCGUUGUCUCUGCUCUCAAGCGCUUCACCUACGUCCGCACGCUUGUCGUGACGCACACCGAUGCCUCGGUCCUCCCUCCCGCCCAAUCCGACAGACGCGACCUCAAUCUCGCUGUCUUCGCCUCAUCUUCCAUCUCCGCCUCGCCGCCGCCUUUCGAGCCAUCUUCAGAAGACGACCUCUUCCUCCCCUCGACCUACGUACAAACAACGCACAUAAUCUCGCACCCCUCGUCCUCCUCUUCCCGACCUGUGUUCCAGACGACAAACCCAAUUGUCCCUAUCUCGCCAUCACACGUCCUCUCCAGCACUUGGUUCUCCCGCGCAUUCGUCACCAAGCGCUCGCAGGCGGUUCUCGGACGCUUCCUCCUCGACGGGUGCAAGGAGCGGCGAUCAAAGCGAACGCUGCAGGGCCUGCCGCUGGGCGCACAGGCAGAUGCGAGAAAAGGCGGCGUCUGGUUCACGGGCUCGUACCUCGCGCCGGGGAUCCCGCUCCUCGAGGGAUGCGUAACAAGCGCUGAAGGCGUCGUCCGCGAGUUGCUGCGGCAAGAAGGCGGGACUGUAUCAAGCGCAUUGUUCUGA